ACUCCACCCCCGCUCAGCUCUCUCCAUCCCAGCUCUGCCGGCGGCCGCCCCCACCCCCGCCUCCGCCCGAACAGCAGCAGCGGGAGCGCGAUUCCUCCGCCGCGGGCCGUCAAUUUCCGGUUGGCUGCACCCAUGGAGGAGGCGCCGGCGUCGUGGUCGGACAUCCCGGUGAAGCUCUCCGGCCUCGUCCUCGGCCGCCUGCCUGUGCACGUCGACCGCGUCCGGUUCGCCGCCGUCUGCCCCCCCAGUGGCGCGCGGCCGCGCAGCAGGGGGGCGUGCCCCCGCCGAUGCCGAUGCUCCUGCUCCCAGGUGCCACCGUGUGCAGCCUCCCAGGAAGCGCCGUUCCACUUCCCUGGCUGCACGGGGUACACUAACGCCUGUGGCACUGGCAACUGGUUGGUGUUCUCGGGCGAGGACGACUGCUUCCUGAGGGAUCCUUUCUCCAACGAGACUGUGACACUUCCAGCUCUGACCCGCGCUCGAAUGUGGGAUGUGGGUGAUCAGUCCGUUGACGAGGCAGGCCAUGCAUGGAUGGAAAUGGACGAAGAAGAGGAGCGGAAUGCGUCCAAAAUUAUAUUUUGUUCGCCUCACCUCAUCGCAGCGAUAUUCAGGUUCAUGAGUGACAGAGAGCGCUCGGAUUGCAGUUUGCCAGCCAGGGGGCACCUCCUGGUGGUCCGUACAUAUGGAUCAACGAGCUGCUCUGUUUGUUGACAUUGUGUUCCAUCAGGGAAAGUUCUAUGCACUUUUUGCUGUUGACAUCAGCGUGGACCACAGCACAGGCAAUCCAUGGUUUUCUCGAAUCCAACAAUUUAUCAGUGGCCUUAGAGCUUUCAGCUACAUUUUUAUACCUGGAGUCCAAAUUCUAAGUUUGACCUACCUAGUUGAAUCUCGUGGUGCGUUGCUGUUGGUGUGCCGAAAGAUAGACCUCCAGUUGAAAGCACUACACUGGGAUAGAAUUGAUGUUCUUAAAGCUGAACGGAACAGGUUUGAGGUGUAUGAGGCCAAUUUCGGGCAGUCACGGUUGGCCAAGGUAACCACACUAGGGGAGGACCAGGUGUUGUUUCUAUCGUCGACGGUGCUGCAGAUCUGUCUGCAUUUCUCAUAACAAGAUGCCAGGGGAUCGCAUCUUCUUCAUGGAGAACGAGGAGUAUUACCAUUGUUACAGUGAGGACCCCUCAAGUUCUUGCAGUGUCUACGAUGUGAGAGACGGCAAGGUCUACAACCCUCUGCCAAUGGUGUCGUGGAGUCCCCGCGCGGUGUUAGCCACAUGGCUCUUACCCUAAGGGCUGAAGUGAUACUGUCACUGUACUAACUGAAUGCUUGGAUCGGUUUUAAUCUGGUCUUAUUAUAGUGCUAUCUGGUAUAAUGGAAGCUGCUAAGCGUCAGUACUUGUCUGAUCGUAGUAUGGUGGUCUACUGGUGCCUGUGAUGAUGACUACAUAUUAAUCAUGUUAUGCUCAAUUUGUAAACACCUGAUGAACCUUGAGGUAGCAUGCUAUCUGCUGUUAUGAACCUUUUCUGUGAGCUUGUCAUUGUAAGGUUGUCUCUAGUCGGGUAGGUUGCAAGCUUGUUUGUUGAUCUUACCGUUGUUAUCGGUUUAUACAUUUCUUAUUAUGAA